UGCGGUGCUCAUAACAUCAACGAGCGCUAUUGUAUCCAUUCACCGGCCUUUUACAAGACCACCUCGCUAUACCAUAAACAAGGAUACAAUGGAAAUGGACCACGAUGCGAGCAUGGGUAACCCUUACCCCGAGGCAGCUCCUACGCAAGGCCAGCAAGCUCCGGCGAUGCCCUCGACCGCUUCUCUAACAAGCACCACAUCCUCCACUUCCUUCAGAGAGAUCGCCGUCAAAGUUCAUAUUCGACGUCCUGAGAAGGAUUCUUGGACGUAUCUUGGCAGGGCUAUAAUCAGCCACGAAAUGAGUGGCCACUCUUCCCGAGUUGUGCUUCGAACUGCAUCCUCAAACAAGAUACUGGCUGUGUUCGGUGAAAACUCCGACUUGCAGGCGGAACGAAGAGGGAACUUCGUCGUGAUCGGAUGCGUGGAGGGCAACCGCGUAGUUUCUUGGUCUCUCAACGCGCUCAAUGCUUCAGAGACCCUUCGGCUACUCGCGUCCAUUGAACUUGCCUGCUACCGUUGCAAGCAAGCAAUGACCGAUCCCCGUCUUCAUGGCAAGACGAGGCGUCGCAUAGAACGUGUCAUUAAAGACGAUAGGCGCAGACGCCACAGACGCCGCAAGGAUGCUGAAGCAAUGGUUGACAUGUUUUCAAAGCAAACUAUCAUGGACGAACUUCCAGAGGACACUGGCGACACACCAGCCUCCACCUCUGGUGCGCCUACAAGCUGAACGGUCCGCCAAUCCAUGAUCCGUUCCGCAUCGUUCCGAUGUCCUGAUGCAGGCGUCCACAAGUCUCAUGCAUGUAUUAUUUUGAAUGCCUAUCACCCAUCAUUGUAACUCAAGGACAACUUAAACCCUCAUGAAUUCUCCAGCUCUUCCUACACCUUCCCCAUACCUCGUCAGCUUUCCUUCGUGCUCAUAUAACUAAACUGUAAUUGGCAUCUUCUGGGAGGACAUCCCUUGCUGUAAACUAUUUACGA